CAUCGUCCCACUUCAGUGCCCGAAACCGUAUCAACCAUUGUGCUGCUCAUGUCUCCCUUCACCAGAAUUAUGCCGACACUGGUGAAGAUGGGUCGGGGAGCAGACACAGUAUGUGCAUCAUCCAACAAAUAUAUCGUGGUGAAGGUCAUAUCACGACCUCCCGACCUUUGUCAUGGUUAGAAGCGCUCCUUCAAGACCUAGCCGCAGAAUAAACAAGGAAUACUGUCAAAAAUGGGCUCCUAGUGCCUCGCCGACCCGAAGAUGUGCCGGGAAGCUGUGAAUAUCUCGCUCUUCCGACGUUGCUGUUGGGUGAACACGGCUUGACGGCGAGGAACUGCUGAUAUCUUCACCUCUCAACCAUGUCCUCCUACAACAAGCCGUCUUGUUUACGGCCGGUGUCGGCACAUUAUCAAUAAUGCGUUGUUUGGUUGAUGCCUGGGUGAGUGAAGAGAGGGAAUCCAUGAUCCUAUUCAUCAGAGGUGACAACUGCCUCACUCGCAAACGCCCUUUGUUGAAUUUCUAUAAAGGGCCAGGCAGUCGACAAACUUGACAUAUCAUAGUGACUCUGUCUUGAUAACUCCGUUUCUCAGGAUACCUUUUCAAACAUCAACUGGGUUGAAUAACCGAUCUCGGACAGCGUUGUCCGAUAUUGCAGAUUCAACCCCGAUCUGACGCAGUGUUGUCCAAGCUUACAGGUUUCAAGAAAGGCCCGCGCCAGGAACCUUCAUCGCUUCGCCAAAAGCCAGACAAGUGGCUCGACAAUCAUAGCAAGCUGCGUUGGCUAGCCGCAGCAUCUUGUCAUCGAUCUGCCGCACCAUCAAAACGGAACCCAGAUCUUCAAUCAACAAGCCGCUUUCUUCCCACAGAAUCACUACAACCCAUGAUCAAGUUAGGGGACACAGACAGAUUUCGCCAGCUGCUGCCUGAGGCACAUCUCUUCUCUCUGUGUUCCAUCCGCCCCUUCAUCGACCUCCGCUGGCCAGAAUUCUGGAACAAUACGAAGGGCAAGCUAGACUUGAUCGACUAAGAUCCAACCACAAUGCCCGCAACAAACAAUAGACUUCUCUCAGGGGCCUUGCUGCCCACCCUCGACGAGCAGUCCAGCGUCCACAGCAACGAACAGAGCAGCCAAGCUCUUUUCAACAAACGUGUCGCGCCAGCUCCAUCUCAUACAGCCUCGAAGACUUGGAAGAGUGGGUACAUGAGGGACAAGGAAGAGUAUGAGCGUGUCAAGCAACGCGUCCGGCACGUCGCUCCAGAGCAGUUCAAGGAGAAGGCAAGACCAAACGGCACUCGGUCCGAGAUCUUUCCGCAGAACGUCAACGAGUGGAGGCAACACAAAGCCGAGAUUGCGGCUAUGGCUGCGGCCGAGAGGGAAAAGAGUGCCAAGCUGUUGACAGAUCAGGUAAAGGUUAUGAAAUACAUCCCCAAGGCCCAGCGAAACAUCAAUUCGGAGUUCGGCGAGCAUGGUAAGAUCUUCAACGACGGCCUCGGUCCUGUCCUAGCUCAACCCACGAUCUGGUCGGCGGAAUACAAGGAGACUAUCGCGGACUGGCCUCUGGCUGCGGAGAUGAGGUGGAAUGGCGACAACAGAGAGAGCAAGCUUGCGAGAACGAAGGUCGGUCGCUUUCUUCCCCCACCUCGCGAACCUUCCCAGUCCACCAUCGCCUGGCACGACCAGCUAUUCAUGCGGCAGCAACCACUCGAUGAAACCGGACCAGUCUACACUACUGGCCCUCUUCCUUCAGAUGUCAACGUCGAGAACAAAAAGUUGGACAACGAUCCGGCUUUCGAGGAGCGAGGUCAGGUCUAUCUUCAUCUCGCAGACUUGAGGGUGGAGCUGGGGGAGAAGCCAGCUGCAGGAUGGAUGGAGGAGCCACAAGUUACGGCACUGCCUAGCCAACACGCAUGCAUAGAGCGCGGACUAAAGGGCCAAUUCAGCGCAGGUGAUGCAAUGCAAGCAGGAGCGAUUGGAACGCAAGCAAACAUUGUCGACUUUGCAGGAAGACAGGAGCAGGAAGAUUUCGAGGCUCUCAAGAAGCAUUUCCGCCGGAGUCAGAACCGGAUCUGACACUGGCAACAACCGUGAGGCUAUACCUUGAUUACGGUCCGAAUCAGCAGCCGCACAAGGAACGAUGGCGAAACAUGGACGCCAGAAAGACCGGUGCAGAAAUGAGCUUUGGAUCAAUCAUUGGCAGCAGAACGUGUCGGAGGGGCAAUGACAAGGCUAAGAUCCGGAUCGGCAGUCGCUCUUGGUUUGUGGAAUGGUGCGUGCGAUCAAAUCGGAUGGUUCAAGACAGAAAGAAAACUCCCAGACGAAUGGCGUUGCUUGAAGAUUGCCUUGCAAACAAGAAUCAGUCAUGUCAGGUGUACGAAGAACAGGGACAUUGACUCUCUGCUCAUUAUGCGGCAAGGUGAUCGUCUCGCCGGACGAGGGACUCUUUGCAACGUCGGGUACUGCUGAUACCAAGAUAUCAGCUCGGGGAUUGGGAGCUAAGAGGAGUGAACACAGCGGACUUCUCAUAACGAGCUGGUGGUAUGGAGGAGGCGCUGAAUCAAACAGGAUAUUAGUCGCCGUCAUAGAAG